AUGGAGAAGGCGAUGCGCGUUGGCAGCGGCAGCAUUUGGGUUGAUGACAUUGAGAGGCCUCUUAUUUUGGGAGAUCUGGGUGUUGUUGAAAGCCAGAACAAUGCUUCCACAUUAAAUAACUUUGCUGAGCAGACUGGUCGUCAAACUGAAGGAGGUUUUAUUUCAGCACCUAUUUCAGUAGCACCUAAACAUAGGCUCCUGUCAACAUCCCCCCAAUUGAAACACAGCGACAGUUUUGUUCUUGAUAUCCCAAAUACUUCAGAUGAUUCUUUGGUGGGUCAGACUCUUAAGCGUCCGCAUGCAGCAAAUCAGUUUGGUGAAAAGUGGAUAUCUGAAAAAAGAGAAGAUAUCACUUCUAGCCCAAAACAUGGUGCAGAUAAAGACAGUUUCAGAGACUUUAUUCCCACUUAUACUGCAAACCGGGGAAGCAUUCUCAUGUUGGAGGUAAUCUCUGGUGCUUCUCGUGGGCUUCAUCAUUCUACGCAGUCAACCAACACAUCCAAGCUUCCGGUGACUAUUGGAAGAGUGUCACCUGGUGAUGUGAUACUAAAGGACUCUGAGGUCUCUGGCAAGCAUGCAAUGAUAAAUUGGAAUGAAAAUAAAUUAAAAUGGGAGCUGGUUGACAUGGGUAGCUUGAAUGGUACAUUCUUGAACUCCCAGGCAGUCCACCUUCCUCAAUCUGGAAGCAGACAUUGGAGUAAUCCAGUUGAGCUCUCAAAUGGAGACAUAAUAACUUUAGGCACGACCUCAAAAAUUCAGGUCCAGAUUACAGCUCAAGCAGAGUGCAAGAUCCCUUUUGGGGUUGGUAUAGCAUCAGAUCCAAUGGCUUUGCGUCGAGGAGGAAAAAAGCUGCCUAUGGAAGAUGUCUGCUAUUACCAGUGGCCUCUUCCUGGAAUGGAUCAGUUUGGACUAUUUGGCAUAUGCGAUGGACAUGGAGGAGCCGAUGCAGCCACAUCUGUUAGCAAAAUAAUGCCUGAAGUAAUCGCUGGCAUCUUGUCGGUUUCAUUCAGAAGAGAGAGAGUUUUAUCUCGGGGUGACGCUUCUGAUGUCCUUAGAGAAGCAUUUUAUCAAACAGAAGCACGAAUCAAUAACUACUAUGAGGGUUGUACUGCAACUGUGCUUCUGGUUUGGGCUGAUGGUCACGAAAAUUUCUAUGCCCAAUGUGCAAAUGUUGGAGACUCAGCUUGUGUUAUGAAUAUUGAGGGAAAGCAGAUAAAGAUGACAGAAGACCACAGGAUAACCAGUCAUUCUGAAAGGCUCCGUAUUCAGGCAUUAGGAACACCUUUGAGAGAUGGCGAAUCUCGAAUAUGCGGUAUAAACCUCGCCAGGAUGCUUGGAGACAAAUUUCUGAAGGAGCAAGAUGCUCGCUUCAGUUCAGAACCUUUUAUAAGUGAAGUUGUAUGUAUAGAACAAUCAAGCAAGGGCUUUGCUCUAUUAGCUAGUGAUGGUUUCUGGGACGUUAUCAACAUCAAGAAGGCUGUUCAGCUUGUGCAUCAGACAAUGGAGCGGAACGCAGCGGACAAAGAGAAUUCGGCUGAGAAGAUAGCUAAUAUUUUGUUGAGUGAAGCAAGAACCCUGCGUACGAAAGAUAAUACCUCUAUAAUUUUCUUAGAUUUUGCCAGCAGCAGAAUCCAUUAUUGUAAACUUGAUUCCUAGAGCGAUUUUCGACAGGAUUCAUUUAUACAAAAUUCUAUUAUUUUGUUUUCGCCCUCAUCUUAAGCUCAGUACAUGUGGAUGGAUUGAAUCAUGUAUGUACAGAAGAAAUCUUGCCAUUUUACUACGAUCUU